CAGGAAGGAAUGGGCGCCCGCAAGCGGCUUCCCUGGGGGAGCGGGCGGCCUCCCCGGCAGGCGUUAGUCAGCCCCUGGGCCUCCCUUCCUCACGGAGCCCGCGGUGGGAGGAAACGCGCGGGUUCUUCCCGGCGCUGUUCCAGGCAGCGCCCAGCACUUCCCUUCAGCGGGACGUGCCGGGAAAGCGGGGCGCGCCGGGAGAGCCGAGCCGUGACGCGGCGGGGGACCGGCCGCCUAGCUGGGGCGGGGGGGCGGGUAGCGCCGUGGGAGUGCCAGCGGGCGGCUGCCUGUGCUGCUUCGCGUCAGCUGCGUUGGCUUGGUGUUUGCGUGCAAUGCAGUGAUGUGGACGGUCUUUGCAAAAGCCCUGCGACUCUCCUCCUCCUCAGCCGCUGCCUCUGUGACAACGACAGCCUCCAACUUCAUCUUCUCGGCCAUCCUGGGCAAGCUUCUCUUUGGAGAGACGUGGACGCCUCUGUGGUGGAUCGGCCUUGCCAUGAUGCUCUGUGGCCUUGUGCUGCUGCAUACAGCUGUGCCCCAGCCGGCGCAUCUCCCAGCAGAGAAGAAGGAGGCGUGAUGGCUGCUGAGGGGACACAGCACCACACUGCCCCUUGGCCCUCACCAGCCUGCCCCAUGACAGUGUCCCCAGUCCCCAGCUGACCUCAGACCGGCUUAACCCUUGCUCACCUGCUGAUCUGCUGACGUGCAACAUCACACUGGUUACAUCUUUCAGAGCAGGUCAGUGUGUGGCAGUGGCAGCCUUGGAGGAAGCUGGUCUGCUCUGAGUCAGUAUUAUAGAAAUUGGGGCCAGAGGUUUAUCAGCCACGCCUCCUCAUCACACCCUGCGGCUGCAGAGUUUUCCCAAUUUGGUGAAGGCUGAAAGUAAACAUGGUGGUUGUGGAAGGUGCCUGUGUAUCAAGUACUUUUCCAUAAGAGGACCUGUCCCAAAAUAGAAAAUCAGUUGGGAGUAGAUGCUGAAGGCAGCUGAUACUUCCGCUGUGCUGUUCUGGACUUCCCUCUCGGCCUCUUGAAAUGACCCCAUGCCUGCUGCUGCCAGUAAGGCUGUGGAGCCUUUCAUUAACUCUUCCAGCUUCCCCUGUCAGUCACAUACACCUUGCAACUUGCCAUUUGUCUAGCUUCUAAUUUCCACUUGCCUAUUCCUGACGUUACUCACUGUAACGUUCUUGCUCUUUCCUUUAAACUCUUAACCAGGAUGGGGUUUUGGUCACCAUUCCUGCUGUAAUUUUGGCACAGCACAACAGGCUGCAUGAAAACAGUCAGCUGCUUUCACUAGGAGCAUCUAUGUUCAACACAUCCCCCCUCCCCACUUAUGUUCGCAGUUGCUUUAACAUUUGGUAGAAUGGACUUUCUCAAGCAGCGUGGUUUUUGUAUACCUAUGGAUGAUGCGGAUUCCCAUUUGUGUGAUGUAAUCAGCCAGAUCACUGGUACCCACACGUACCCUAAAUUUUGGGUCAGCGAUUACUCUGUGUUCAGGUGUUGACACGGUGCAUGUGUCAAGAGAUCAUAAUUUCUAAGUUAUCAACUUCUUUCCCCAGGCCACACAUCUGUUUUUACUUGGAAAUUUUUUAGAUGCAGUCCUAAUUGAGAAAUGUAAUUAUGUCUAUAAAUGUAUGCAUCAUGCUGGUAAUAAUCACUUGUUUGCUCUGG